AUGGUUAUUUCCAACACCCGUUCACAGUUACUCAGCUUUUACCAGCCUACAACUGGUAAAGCUGCACUCAUCUAUGAUUCAAUGCGGAAUCAUCAUCUGGAUAUGUUGUGUUUAACUGAGACAUGGAUUGCAUCUGAUGACCCUGAUGUAAUCAAGCCUCCUGGCCCUAUAACAUCUGAAUUUCUAGAUGAUUUCAAUAAUUUAAUUGAAAGACAAAUCAACAAAUAUGAUAAGGGCAAUAUCCUUGACCUGUUGAUAACACAUUCAAUCAUCGUUUCGGCAGUCAAUGUCUACCCAACAUCAUUUUCUGAUCACAGCCUCAUCACCAUUUCCAUCUGCACUCCUCGACUCAACAUUACAUCCAACAAGGCUGCGUUUAGAAAUCUCAAAAAAUUGAUGCUGAUUCAGAUCAUAUUUCUGCUUCAGCUUGCAAUAGUCUUUGCUUUGAUCUCUUUGAUGAUGUCACACCUUAUGAGAUCAAAAGCAUUAUCAAUUCCUCUUGCCAGUGGACCCUUUCCCACAUCAAGUGUUAAAAAACUGCAUCAAUACCCUAUCAACUGCCAUUUCCAUUCUGCUUAUCGUAAAUAUAACUCCACGGAGACGGCUCUGUUGCACAUACUCGAUCAUGUAUUCAAUCCUGCAACAGGCUCGGUUUUGGGUCCUCUUCUUUUCACGUUAUAUAUCUCGCCAAUUAACGAGAUUAUCAACAGAUUCAACGUAUCCUACCAUCAAUAUGCAGAUGAUACACAAUUUUUCAUUUUAUUGAAUAAUGAUAUUUCAUCAAAAGUGAAUGCCAUCACUACAUGA